AGGACGUGCUCCCAACCCUCUCCCCCGCCCCUCUCUCAGGCAGAGUGGUGUUUUUGUUGUUGGUGAAAGGUGAGGGGAACAGCUGAUCUUCUGCUGGGGACUGAGAUAUCUAAGAAGGCAUCAUGGAGGAGUCAUUGCUCAGCCGAACCCCAUCCCGGGGUGGGGUCACUUUUCUGAAUGUGGCCAGGACCUAUAUCCCCAACACCAAGGUGGAAUGUCACUACACCCUACCCCCAGGCACUGUGGCCAAUGCCAGCGACUGGAUUGGCAUCUUCAAGAAAGAGGCCUCCUCAGUCCGAGAUUAUCACACCUUUGUCUGGUGCGUGGUACCUGAAGGUGCAGCUGAGGGCUCUGCUGUUCACUCCAGUGUCCAGUUCCAAGCCAGCUACCUGCCCAAGCCAGGUGCCCAGUUCUACCAGUUCCGCUAUGUAAACCACCAAGGCCGAGUGUGUGGCCAGAGCUCCUCAUUCCAGUUUCGGGAACCAAGGCCCAUGGAUGAACUGGUGAUGCUAGAGGAACCCGAAAGUGAUUCUGAUAUCCUGCUUGUUGUCCCCAAGGCAACAGUGCUGCAGAACCAGCUAGAAGAAAGCCAGCAGGAACGGAAUGACCUGAUGAGACUGAAGUUGCAGUUGGAGGGGGAGGUGACAGAAUUGAAGAGCAGGGUGCAUGAGCUGGAGACCACGCUGCAGGUCACCAAGGAGGAGCAGGCCAAGCUGAUGGAGCAGUACAAGGGGCUAUCACGUGCCCAUGGGGAGCUUAAAGAAGAGCGGGAUGUCCUGAGCAGACAACAGGGAGACCAUGUGGCCCGGAUCCUGGAACUGGAGGAUGACAUCCAUAGCAUCAGUGAGAAGGUGCUGGAGAAGGAGGUGGAGCUGGACAGGGUCAAGGACACAGUGAAGGCGUUGACUCAGGAGCAGGAGCAGCUUCUGGGGCAGCUGAAGGAAGAACAAGCAGACAAGGAGCAGAGCCAGGCCGAGCUGCAGGUCUCACAACUGGAGUGCUGUCGCCUGAGUGCAGACCUACAGAAGGCCAAAAGCCAUCAGGGGGAGCAGGCCUCUCAGCUCCAGAGACUGCAGGCGGAGGUCACCCGAAUCCAGAAUCUGCUGGAUGAGGCCCAGCAGCGGAUUGCUGAACUGGAGCCCCUGAAAGAGCAGCUUCGGGGGACCCAGGAGCUCGCAGUCUCGAGCCAGCAAAAGGCCUCCCUGCUUGGGGAGGAGCUGGCCAGCACAGCAAGUGCCAGAGACCGAACCAUGGCUGACCUCCACAGGAGCCGGCUGGAGGUAGCCGAGGCCAACAACAGGCUGGUGGAGCUGAGCCUGCAGUGGAGAGAAGACAAGAGCUCAUGGAGCAAGGAACGCGCGGGGCUUCUGCAAAAUGUAGAGGCAGAGAAGGAUAAGAUCCUGAAGCUGAGUGCAGAGGUUCUGAGACUGGAGAAGGCCGUGCAGGAGGAGAGGACCCAGAGACAAGGCCUCAAAGCUGACCUGGCCCGAGAGAAGGAUUCCAGUCUGGUACAGCUGUCAGAAAGCAAGAGGGAGCUAACGGAGCUUCGGUCGGCCCUUCGCGUGUUUCAGAAGGAAAAGGAGCAGCUGCAGGAGGAGAAGCAGGAACUGCUGGAAUAUAUGAGGAAGCUGGAGGCCCGCUUGGAAAAAGUGGCCGAUGAGAAGUGGAGUGAGGAUGCAGCCACCGAGGAUGAGGAGGCGACUCCCGGGCUGAGCUGCCCUGCAGCAGUCCUGACAGACUCAGAGGAUGAAUCCCCAGAGGACAUGAGGCUUACUUCCUAUGGGCUGUGUGAGCGAGGAGGCCCUGGCUCUAAUCCCUCUGGACCCCGAGACACCCCUGCCCAUGUGGUCAUCAGCCAGCCAUCCCCUAUUGCUCCUCACAUGACAGGUCCCCACGAUGACAGUAGCUCUGACUCGGAGGCAGAGGAUGAAAAGGCAGUACUGAUGGCAGCAGUGCAGAGUGGAGGGGAGGAGGCCAGCCUGCUGCUUCCUGAACUAGGCAGUGCCUUUUAUGACGUGGCCAGCACCAUCUUCCGUGGAGCCCAAAUUGUCUUGCACCCCCUCUCUCCUGCCCUUCCCCCCCCCCACGCUGGCAGCUCCCUUGGGGCCUCAGCGAGGGGUGGAGUUGGAGAGGGGGAGAGCCAGGUAUCAGAGUGUGGCUUUGUUGGGGGCCCCCUUUCUGAGGCCAGCCCAGGGGGCCCUGCCGCCCCGCCUUGGAAGGAGUGUCCCAUAUGUAAGGAACAGUUUCCUGAGUGUGACAAGGAUGCCUUGGAGGAACACGUGGAUGGACACUUCUUCUUCAGCACCCAGGAUCCUUUUACCUUUGAGUGAUACACACACACACACACACACACUUUUGUGGCAGACUGAAUUUUAGGCCAUCAAGACCCCUAAGAAGUCCUCACACCACUCCAUUUCCACUGAGUUUGACCUUGAAUCCACAAGGAGUGCUCCUCCCCCAACCAAGCAAGACACUAUGCCCAACGGUUUGAGAGACAGACUAGGGGCUCCAGGGAAGGUACCCUGCUUCCUUUCCACUUGAGCCACCAGGCCCCCCACCCUUGAAAGCGAAGAUCAUCCCUCCAAACAGCCCGGCUUCUGCUGUGUCAGUGUUCCCCAGCCAAACCAUGGAGCACACCCUCCUCCCCAUUCAUUCCCAUUUGAGGUUUAUAUUUGUUUACCUGACUUCUUCUGUCUCCGGUUUGUGUGGAGGCAGAAAAAUCAACCUAAUGACUUUUUAACAAGCCUUCCAGCUCUAGGCUUCACCUGUUUCUGUUCCCUCACUCCCUUUCCCUAGCUUGCCCAUAUAAUUAGACAUUAAGUUUUGUGGUUUCUUUGGGGGGUAAAGAAGGCCUCCUGUACCCAAUUUCAUCCCUUUUCUGGCAGUACCCUCCUACCCCACAUGGAAAGAAAAAUUCAUCUGUGCCUUUUGUGUUGGGGGAGGGGGGAAUGGCUGAAACCGAGUAUUUCUAUCUCCUGACCUGUCCUCAUCCCCCUUGACAGCAAUAAGAUAUUCUUCCCUAAUACCCUCCCUGUCACCACCACAUGUCCACCCUUCCACCACCUCAAGUUGUGUAGCAUGGGCAGAGAUAUUUAUAUGACAUGUAUACUAUUCUAAUAAAAUGUGUUCUUACCACAA